AUGCAAUCCAAUUUAUACAACGACGAUAGUAAAUUUUAUAAGAAAGCCGCGAAAUACUGGGCUAAUGUACCGGCAACAAUAGACGGAGUACUCGGUGGCUAUGGACAUAUUUCGGACAUUGACAUCAACGGCUCUAAAGUAUUUUUAAAUAACAUACUAUCUCUAAUUAAUCCACCGAAUAGAAAACUGGCCUUGGAUUGCGGAGCUGGUAUCGGAAGAGUGAGCAGAAGCCUUUUAAUGCCUUAUUUCUUGAAAGUCGAUUUAGUCGAACAAGACGAAAAGUUCAUUAACACCGCCAAACAAUUGAUCGGUGAACACAAUACUAAAUUGGGUACACUAUACCAAAUUGGGCUUCAUCAUUUCAAACCACAAAAACAAUAUGACGUCAUCUGGUGCCAGUGGGUCUUAGGGCAUUUGAGCGAUUAUGAUUUAAUUAACUUUUUAGAGAGAUGUAGUAAGAGUUUAGCAAGAAACGGCGUUAUAGUGGUAAAAGAGAACAUAUCUUCGUCAGAAGAAAUAGAAUAUGACGAAGACGAUUCUUCAGUAACACGUCCAUACGGUUCAAUGGUAAAUAUAUUCGAGGAAGCAAAUCUUGGUUUAAUAAAAAGUGAUUUACAAACCGGUUUCCCGGACGGUUUAUAUCCCGUUCAUAUGUUUGCUCUGACAUCAUUAAAGUAG